CAAUGUUUUCUUUGUUGCAGGAGGUGGAACAAGAUGAGUGCAGUGAGGAGCUCAAGCCCCAACAAUUUACAAGAAUUAUUUCCUGUUGCCUUUGCGUUUGAGUCUGGCCAUUCCCCGCCGCUGAUACGGGGGCAGGCAUUGAGUCCUACCUUAGAGCCUGAUGGCCUCACCACCCCUCGCAGUGCACCCCACCUCCCCAAGACCUAUUAUGUCACUCCCCAGGUCUACAAUGAGGCCCCAGAGCAGUGCCCUGACAACUUCACCAGCAAUGAAGCCAAUAUUGAGGACCUCAUGAACUUGCUGAGCAGCCCACACCCUUUACAUGAUAUAGAGGCGCAGAACGAUCCUGAGCAGGAAUUUCCAGUCAUGCCCUUACCAGACCAGGCAAGCCUCUUUAGCUCGCAUGAGCCAAGGGCUGCAUCUGCUCACCCUCUCCUAAAUGAGAGUGGUGAUGAGCCACUGCCUUCACAGAGCUGCCGAGUUGUUAGGCUCCCCUGCACCCCACAUCCACGCAGCAUCUGUUCCGUGAAGCAGGGAUGCAAACGUUUGUCAAGCAGCGCUUCCAGAAAACUCAAGAGCCGCAGAAGUCACUCCAGGCAAUACGUCAGUUCUGAAGUGGUUGAAAUAGAGAUAUAUUCCCAGUCGGACUCAUCAGACGAUUCAAGCUCCUCCUCAGACUCACCGCCAGAGUCUCCAGUCCCAGUAAGGAAUGGCGCCAUGAGUCGCCGUUGCUCCAGCAGACGAGUGGAUGAUGCCCCAUCUGCUCCAGACCUACAGCUGGACUGGCUAUCAUCCUCUGACAAUGAUACGGACUCUGACUCUGUGGUGGAGCUAACAAACAGCAUGCCUGCUCGCGCUGUCUCUGUGGUUGACCUCACCAAUGAAAGUGGUGAUGAACAGCACACUUUAGAGAGACAAAAUCAAUCCAUCCUUGCUGAGAGACGUUCUUUAAUUAAUGCUGACUCUUCCGUGCCUUGCGUUGCUUUAAAACCUUUAUUGCUUCGCGACUCAGAUGACUCUCGGCCACUGGAAAAUUCUUCUCAUCCAAAUAUAAAUACAAGCGAAAACCAUGCAAGUUUCAGUGGUGCUCAUUUGCACCAGAACUCCUUAGGUGCCGCUGGUCUGUCAGCCAGUGCAACUGUAGGUGGAGAAUUUAAUGACCAUAGGACAUCAAAUUACAAUAAUCAACACAGAUCUUCACAUGCAAACUCAGAGGAAUUUGCUCAUGAGGCAAUGGAGCCAGCUUUCACGUGUGCAAGAAAUUCUGGGAACGUCGGUCCACGCAUCGCUCCUGACGAACCCCCUGCCUCCAUGACGUCUCGGGAAGCCCUUACUGGCACUCGGCAUCAUAGCCUCCCAGAUUUCCAUGUAACACGCAACAGAUCACAGGUCCCUGCAAGCAAUCACAACGACCCUUGUUUCCAUCGCUCCCUUGCAGAAGUGAGGGCCCCAUCAGCACAUACUGUGGGGAAUGCACACCUUACAGCUACUCGGCCUCACAGGGAUUACUUCCAACAAUUUAAUAACUCCACUUCUGGCUACCGUUUGGCCUCGUCACCCACCCGUCACACCAUUGACCGUCAGGGCCCGUGGGUCAGAUCGCGCCGUGAGUCGGCCUUUUCACGCCUGCCUCUCCAUCACCAAAGCCUGUGGCUGAGUCAACAGAGGGCAGCUGAAGUUAACCGGAUGAGGAUGGAUCCAAGUUACGGCAUGGCUCCUGUUGAUCAAGUGCACCUUCUGCCUCCUAGACACUACAACUCGAGCUCUGUGUACAAUCGUAACUUUGACUACAUGGGUGGGGAACCAGAUUAUUCUGAGCCACCUCCCCUCAGUAGGUCUUUCAGCUCCGGCCUUGAGCCUCAGACCCCCGUGUCUGCAGCACACAUGGCCAGAGACGAUGUGGGCAAUCCCCCAGACAUGCGCAUGGCCAGGCUGAGGGCCGCUAGGAACCACUUAGCUCUUCCCUCGGGCACUGCUCACAACAAUGGCGAACAUCAGAGGGCCGUCUUCGCAGAACUAGAUGGUGAUACUAUCAGAACUAGAUGGUCUGACAUGGAUGAGGGCGCCAGCACCUCCCAUCCUUUCGAUGCUCCUGCCUCUCACCACCUCGGCGCCUCCGCCCCUCACCCUCUCGUUGCCUCCACCUCCCACCCUCUCGGCGCCUCCGUCCCUCACCUUCUCGGUGCCUCUGCCUCCCACCCUCUUGGCGCCUCUGCCUCCCACUCUCUCGGCUCAUCCGCCUCCCACCCUCUUGGCUCCUCUGCCUCCCAACCUCUUGGCUCCUCCGCCUCCCACCCUCUUGGCUCCUCUUCCUCCCAACCUCUUGGCUCCUCUGCCUCCCACUCUUUCGGCUCCUCUGCCUCCCACUCUUUCGGCUCCUCUGCCUCCCACCCUCUCGGCGCCCUCGCCGCGUCGCGCUCUGGCCACCGUCGCAAUUUUCUGCUGGACCGCCACUUGGCUCGCCCUCGCCAUCCGUCACGUGGUGCCUUUGAUGGCAGUGGAGCCGCCGUGUCGCACCACCACCAUCAUCACCACCACUACAAUACCUCACAGCAAUUGCCCCUCAACUUCCCCAUGCCCAGCUUUGUGCCCGAGCUGCCGCUGCCUCCCCCGCCUCCCGUCUUCUCUUUUGUUUCCACUGAAAGAACUGAUGGUUAUUCGAUGAACCCGCAGGGUGGGCCGCUGGACGUCAGCUUCGCCGGCUUUGAGAACAUCGUGCGGAUGAUGCGACUCAACCAGCACCGCGACUCGCUGCUCACAGUCGGCGCCUCGCAGGCCACUAUCGAACGAAACACCCUGGCUCACCGAUACAUCAUCAGGCCGAAGGUGGGUGCUGAGAAGUGCACGGUGUGCCUGAGCGACUACGAGAACGACGAGAACGUACGCCGCCUGCCGUGUCUGCAUCUCUUCCACACAGCCUGCAUCGACCAGUGGCUCGCCACCAGCAAACGCUGCCCCAUCUGCCGGGUCGACAUCGAACAGCACAAUGCCAAGCUCGACUGUGAUACCCUAGACGAGCCUACCCCCUCAUUCCUAGCCUCUGAGAUGGACGACCUGCGUCGGGUACGACGCAGGUCCCAAUUUGUUGCCUUAGAUGAGGCCUUGGGUAGGAGGGACCCCUUCAUUGGGGGAACGGAGGAAUUAGAUGUAACAGCUGGCGAGACCAGCGACCCUGAGCGACGUGCUCCAGCCCGGGACGAGUAUUGGUAUGCAGGCGACGAGAUUUCGUCUCCCGCCUUCCGUGCGUCCACCCGGCGGCGCCCUGCUACCCUAAGAGGGCUUCUCGAGUGGCCUAGACCUGCCAACCGUCCGUGUAGUUUGUUCGCUCCUUCGAGCGGUGCAAGGCGCGAAAACGCCUUCGACAGUGGCGGCGGCGGCUGGGAUGGCCAUGUUCAGAAUGGCGAUACCGUCAGGAACAGCCAUCUACAGGAUGUUGAUGCUGGGAGGAACAACAAUGAAGCCAGCAUGGACAGUCAUUUACAGGAUGUUGGAGCCGGCAUGGACGGCCAUUUUCAGGAUGUUGAAACCGGCAUGGACAGCCAUUUUCAGGAUAUUGAAACCGGCAUGGACAGCCAUUUUCAGGAAGUUGAAGCCGGUAGGAGUAGCCAUGUCCAGAAUGGCGAUGACGCAUUGCCAUUGGAUUCUAAUGGAAAUCUCUCAUCAUCACGCGUGUCUCAGGCUGCCACGGAGUCAACGCAGCAGGACCACCAGACUGUGACUUUCGUUUCCUUUGCCUCAUUAGUGCCCACGGCCACCAGCGAGGAAGCAACAGGUGCCAGUACGUCUUUUAGUUCAGACAGUCAAGGGCUAUUUGAUGGUGCCUGUCAUAGCGAGCCCUUGAGUGACAGCAGCUCUGUGUUGGACGAAAAUCGCGUACCAGGACAGCAACCGAACAGCGGCACCAGAGCAAUGUUGAGUCAAGACAAUGUUGUAUAUGAAGGACCACAUGCUGAGAAUGGCGACCUGAGCAACAUCAUGUUGCAAGAUGAUAUGUAUAUGAUGUAAAGGGCGAGUGGUGAUAUGAUGCAAAAGAUUGUCAUGGGUGAUAUGAUUUUGUUGGGGGACUUUCUAUCUCUUCACGAACUGACGUCUCCCCGACACAUAGCACGUGAUCGUUCUUCACUCAGCUUUUCUACACCAAGGAUUUUCGAUGAAUAAACAGUUGCAAGUAAAUAUAAUCAACAUGAAUAAAUAGAAACACAACACGACAAACCUAACACCCUAAUCCUAACCUAACUUUAACCUUAACCGUGCGUUUCCAUGACUUUCAAUUCACUUCACAAAUCCAAUAAUCGAUUCCAAAUAUUGAGUUUAAAUAUUGAGGCCUUCCUGAAAUAGAAAAAAAACGCUUGAAAUGAAUAACUAGAGAAUGAAUAUAUAAUAAACAAAUUAACACGCCCAAAUAAUCAAUUAAACGAAACGAUUCCCUUCUAAAAUUGAACUAUCACAAUAUAAUCACAGAGCUAUCGAUUAACGUACCUCCACGGCAAGAACACUAGACACAAUGACAGCCCCCAGGAGGGACUUCUGACGCGUGUCUGUGCUCGCCAGAAGUGCUAUGGGAUUUCGC